AUACCCCCGGCUCCAGCAUGAAGGCGUCGGGGCAAGAUGUGUGAGCAGGCAGCGCGCUACUGCCGCGAGAGCGUCCACAGGCUGCUCCGCCAGCAGCCGCAGCCGGCGAGCGGAGGGCUGGACGGGCUGCUCCGCUGGGUGGUCACCAAGAUGGGCGACGGCCAGAGCCCCCUGGCCGAGCGGGAGCUGCUGCCCGAGGGCCCCGCCGCCGGCGCCGAGCCGAAGAAGGGCGCCUCCGUCAUCCUGGACAUCUUCAGACGAGCAGACAAAAAUGAUGAUGGGAAAUUGUCUUUGGAAGAAUUCCAGGCCUUCUUUUCCGAUGGGACUCUUAACGAGGAGGAGUUGGAGAAACUCUUUCACACCAUCGAUUCUGACAACACCAGUAACGUGGAUACCAAGGAGUUGUGUGAUUACUUUGCUGACCACAUGGGAGAUUAUGAAGAUGUGUUGGCAUCACUGGAAACACUCAAUCUCUCCAUUCUGAAGGCCAUGGGCUACACAAAACGGGUCUACGAACGAGGAACAAAUGUGGACCAGUUUGUGACCCGUUUUCUGCUGAAAGAGACGGCCAAUCAGAUUCAGUCCUUGCUCAGCUCAGUGGAAAGUGCUGUGGAUGCCAUUGAUGAACAAACCAGUCAGAUCAGACACAUCCACAGUAAAUCUGGCCACAAUGCCAUGGAUAGUUGGUAUGACAAUCCCGUCUCUAGUUAUUCUCCCAAUAACAGAAUCCUGACUAAAGAACGGAGGAAAAGUUUCCAGACUGCAUCUUCAGACACCAAGGAGGAAUGCUUGGAAGCACAAAUCAACAGGUUAGCAGAGUUGAUCGGAAGGCUGGAAAACAAGACUCUUUGGUUUGACCUGCAUCAACGGCUGUCAGACAGCGAAAACACGGCCUGUGCGUACCUUCUCUUGGUACGGAGUGAACUGACCGUUUCCCAGAAGCACCUGGGAGAAUUCUGUGCCUCCCUUAAGCAGUACUUGAAGACUGUGGCUGGAGAACAGGACUGCUUCCACGUCACCGCAGUCAGGCUUCCUGAUGGGGUCACUUUCAUUGUCUACGAGUUCUGGGAGAAUGAGGAAGACUGGAAGAGACACCUCCAGAGUCCUGUCUGUAAAAGCUUCCAGCAUGUAAAAGUGGAUACGCUGAAUCAGCCAGAAGGAGUUUCCAGCGUGUCGGUGCCAGCUGCCUGGUGCACCCUCAACCGGGACUGAACUGGAGAAGACAGUGUCUCAAAGGGAAGUUCAGAUGGGUCCCCUUCUCCUUGCCUGGCGGGUGCCAACGUCCUUUCCUCUCUUCAUCAGAGAAGCACACUCUUACCUUUUCUAAUAACUUCAUUACCAGUGUCGUCUCUUCUCCCUCCCUUCCUUCCAAUGCAUUUCUGUCUAGAACUGAGAUUUGUUGGCUCUUUGAAGUGAAGGAAGGAACAACAAGAAGUCAAUCUUCCAACCAGCCCUUGGCCAGAAAACCAUUUUUUUCUCCCCUAAGCUGUACCCAAAACCUCUAACAAAUUCUGGUCCAAUAGCCACCAGAGAGGAGGGCUUGAUUGCAAGCUUUAAUGGAGCCCUGCUGAGAAUGUAUGGAUAAAUUUAGAUGAAUUCUUCCAAUUCAGAUUUUCAUCAAGGGUUUUCUUCCGAUCAGAUGGGUUGUGAUGGUCUGCUUUGACAACCACAUCCGGUUCAGGAAUUCUGGGAGUUGAAUUCCAUGAGUCAUAAAAGAGCCAAGGUUGCCUCCCCCUGGUCUGGGCUGUGUGUGAUAGAUGCCUUGCUCUCCCUCAGCCUCUAUGACUUAGAGAGGAAUGGUGGCUGGAUUGUGGGUAAAGCUCUACCAGAGAUCCUCAUUCAACCAUCUACUUCUAGCAAACUUCCAGAGUCUUAUGAGAUAAAUAGCUCUUACCAUUUUGUUUUUUAGGGUGGUUAGCAUCAAAACACCCAUAGCCUACAUUUCAAAUUAUUUUCUUGCAUAAAAGGGUGGGCAACUAUUUUUCCCCCAUGAGAUGUAGCUUUCCUUGAGAGUAAUUUCUGGUAUGCCCAAUGCUUGGAAAAUGGAGUUGAGGCAAGGAGUGCACAGAACAGAACAAAAGUAGGUGGGGAAGUAGUCUUUUCGAUAUGCACACCCAGGGGUGUGCUGGUCAACGUAGAACUGGCUGUGUCAGGUCCAGUGCCACACUGCUAACCACCAAAACACCUGAGUGCCAUUCUGGCCACCCCGAUUCUGCUCUGCUCUCAACCAACUGACCCGGGUGAUUGAGUAUCUCCACAGACAUCGUCUUCUUGUCCACCCAACCACUUAUUCCAACAGGUUGGCACUGAGCACUCCUACAGAAUCUGAAUUAUUCAGAACUGUUUCCAAGUUUUUUUUUUUUAAAUUAGUGAUAAGAGCUGCAUGAGACCCUUGGAAAAACACACCACCCACCUUGCCUUAUUCUUGCCUUACCUGACCGUUGAGUUCUCUCGUUUUACCACCGUUGCAUGAGUCAAUCAAAAUAAGCCUUGAUGUAUUUGGACUUAUCUUUCCCCCCGCACUGUAGAAAAAGUAGCACUAUGUUACUUUACCAAAUCAUGCGAAUUUUCUUCUCCAAACCGAAAACGGUUGUUUCUAACGAGACUGAAGCAGGCACGAUUUCAUAGAACAAGGGAGCCCCCCCUCCCCCUCCCCACCUCCUCACCUCUUUCUCCGGGAAAUGUGGCUCAUGUAUUCUUCAUUUUGACUGUAACCUUUGAUAGCUGAUGUGUACUGUUUUAGAAAUAAAAUGAUGUAGCGCUCCAGUUUAGCACGGAUGGCACAAUGUCAGUGUUAGCAAACAUAUAGAAUAUAAAUAUGUGCCGUUGUAUACAAUUGAUGACUAAGUACAAGUAAUCAAAUAAAAAUGAAAAAGAUUAAAAGAGA